GGCGGCGGCGGCGGCGCCCGGGCGGCAGCGGCAGCAACAGCGGCAGCCCCGAGGGUGAGACGGCCGCAGCGGCGGCAGCGCGGAAGUCGCGCGGGACCCAGAGCUUCCACCCUGUCGCUAGCGCUGAGGCUUUCGCCUUUCCUACCCGCCUUCUUGCUCACGGCCCGAGCUGGGCUGGGCAGGGCAGGGCAGCGCGCCCCCGGGGAGGGGCGGAGCUGUAGAUAUGGUGUAAGAUACUUCUUCAAGAUUGGACAGCUGGGACCUUCUUCUGAUUAACCUUAAACUGACUUACAGCCACAGAGACACCUCACAAAGUUCCCAUUUUUUUUUUUUUCUGCUUUACACCUUUUCUGGCUCCUAAGUUGACCUGGCAACCAUGUAUGGAAGUGCUCGCUCUGUUGGGAAGGUGGAACCGAGCAACCAGAGUCCUGGACGUUCACCCAGGCUUCCACGUUCCCCUCGCUUGGGUCAUCGUCGAACCAAUAGUACCGGAGGGAGUUCUGGAAGCAGCGUUGGAGGUGGCAGUGGGAAAACCCUUUCAAUGGAAAAUAUACAAUCUUUGAAUGCUGCCUAUGCCACAUCUGGCCCUAUGUACCUAAGUGACCAUGAAAAUGUGGGUUCAGAAACACCUAAAAGCACCAUGACACUUGGCCGUUCUGGGGGACGUCUGCCUUAUGGUGUUCGGAUGACUGCUAUGGGUAGUAGCCCCAAUAUAGCUAGCAGUGGGGUUGCUAGUGACACGAUAGCAUUUGGAGAGCAUCACCUCCCACCUGUGAGUAUGGCAUCCACUGUGCCUCACUCUCUUCGUCAGGCAAGAGAUAAUACAAUCAUGGAUCUGCAGACACAGCUGAAGGAAGUAUUAAGGGAAAAUGAUCUCUUAAGGAAGGAUGUGGAAGUGAAGGAGAGCAAAUUGAGUUCUUCAAUGAAUAGCAUCAAGACCUUCUGGAGCCCAGAGCUGAAGAAAGAACGAGCCCUGAGAAAAGAUGAAGCUUCCAAAAUCACCAUUUGGAAGGAACAGUACAGAGUUGUACAGGAGGAAAACCAGCAUAUGCAGAUGACGAUCCAGGCUCUCCAGGAUGAAUUGCGGAUCCAGAGGGACCUGAAUCAGCUGUUUCAGCAAGAUAGUAGCAGUAGGACUGGCGAACCUUGUGUAGCAGAGCUGACGGAGGAGAACUUUCAGAGGCUUCAUGCUGAGCAUGAGCGGCAGGCCAAAGAGCUAUUUCUUCUUCGAAAGACAUUGGAGGAAAUGGAGCUGCGUAUUGAGACUCAAAAGCAGACCCUAAAUGCUAGGGAUGAAUCCAUCAAGAAGCUUCUGGAGAUGUUGCAGAGCAAAGGACUUUCUGCCAAGGCUACUGAGGAAGACCAUGAGAGAACAAGACGACUGGCAGAGGCAGAGAUGCACGUUCACCACCUAGAAAGCCUUUUAGAGCAGAAGGAAAAAGAGAACAAUAUGUUGAGAGAGGAGAUGCAUCGAAGGUUUGAGAAUGCUCCCGAUUCUGCCAAAACAAAAGCUCUGCAAACUGUUAUUGAGAUGAAGGAUUCAAAAAUUUCCUCUAUGGAGCGUGGGCUUCGAGACCUGGAAGAGGAAAUUCAGAUGCUGAAAUCGAAUGGGGCUUUGAGUACUGAGGAACGGGAAGAAGAAAUGAAGCAAAUGGAGGUGUAUCGGAGCCAUUCUAAAUUUAUGAAAAAUAAGGUAGAACAACUGAAGGAGGAACUAAGUUCGAAAGAGGCUCAAGGGGAGGAGCUGAAAAAGAGAGCGGCUGGUCUUCAGGCUGAGAUUGGCCAGGUGAAACAGGAACUGUCCAGAAAGGACACAGAAUUACUUGCCCUGCAGACAAAGCUAGAAACACUCACAAACCAGUUCUCAGAUAGUAAACAGCACAUUGAAGUGCUGAAGGAGUCCUUGACUGCCAAGGAGCAGAGGGCUGCCAUCCUGCAGACUGAGGUGGAUGCUCUCCGAUUGCGUUUGGAAGAGAAGGAAACCAUGUUGAAUAAAAAGACAAAACAAAUUCAGGAUAUGGCCGAGGAGAAGGGGACACAAGCUGGAGAGAUACAUGACCUCAAGGACAUGUUGGAUGUGAAGGAGCGGAAGGUUAAUGUUCUUCAGAAGAAGAUUGAAAAUCUUCAAGAGCAGCUUAGAGAUAAGGAAAAGCAGAUGAGCAGCUUGAAAGAACGGGUCAAAUCCUUGCAGGCUGACACCACCAAUACUGACACUGCCUUGACAACUUUGGAGGAGGCCCUUGCAGAGAAAGAGCGGACAAUCGAACGCUUAAAGGAGCAGAGGGACAGAGAUGAGCGGGAGAAGCAAGAGGAAAUUGAUAACUACAAAAAAGAUCUUAAAGACUUGAAGGAAAAAGUCAGCCUAUUGCAAGGCGACCUUUCAGAGAAAGAGGCUUCACUUUUGGAUCUGAAAGAGCAUGCUUCUUCUCUGGCAUCCUCAGGACUGAAAAAGGACUCACGGCUUAAGACACUAGAGAUUGCUUUGGAGCAGAAGAAGGAGGAAUGUCUAAAAAUGGAAUCACAAUUGAAAAAGGCACAUGAGGCAGCAUUGGAAGCCAGGGCCAGUCCAGAGAUGAGUGACCGAAUACAGCACUUGGAGAGAGAGAUCACCAGGUACAAAGAUGAAUCCAGCAAGGCCCAGGCAGAAGUUGAUCGACUCUUAGAAAUCUUGAAGGAGGUGGAAAAUGAGAAGAAUGACAAAGAUAAGAAGAUAGCUGAGUUGGAAAGUCUCACCUCAAGGCAAGUGAAAGACCAGAAUAAGAAGGUAGCAAAUCUGAAGCAUAAGGAACAGGUGGAAAAAAAGAAGAGUGCACAAAUGCUAGAGGAGGCUCGACGACGGGAGGACAAUCUCAACGACAGCUCUCAGCAGCUACAGGACAGUCUCCGUAAGAAGGAUGACAGGAUUGAAGAGCUGGAAGAAGCACUAAGAGAAAGUGUACAGAUAACUGCAGAGCGGGAAAUGGUGCUAGCACAAGAGGAAUCAGCCAGGACCAAUGCUGAAAAACAGGUGGAGGAGUUACUGAUGGCCAUGGAGAAAGUAAAGCAGGAACUAGAAUCCAUGAAAGCAAAGCUGUCCUCUACCCAGCAGUCUCUGGCAGAAAAGGAAACUCACUUGACUAAUCUUCGCGCAGAGAGAAGGAAACACUUAGAGGAAGUUCUGGAGAUGAAGCAAGAAGCUCUUCUGGCUGCCAUUAGUGAAAAAGAUGCCAAUAUAGCCCUCUUGGAGCUUUCAUCCUCUAAGAAAAAGACCCAAGAGGAAGUGGCUGCACUGAAGCGGGAGAAGGAUCGUCUAGUACAGCAACUUAAGCAGCAGACACAAAAUCGAAUGAAGCUAAUGGCCGACAACUAUGAGGAUGACCACUUCAAAUCCUCCCAUUCCAAUCAAACAAAUCACAAGCCCUCCCCAGACCAGAUCAUCCAGCCCCUCUUAGAACUUGACCAAAAUAGAAGUAAAUUAAAGUUGUACAUUGGACACCUGACAGCCCUCUGCCAUGACCGAGACCCCCUGAUCCUCCGUGGACUCACUCCACCAGCUUCCUAUAACUUGGACGAUGACCAGGCAGCUUGGGAGAAUGAGCUGCAGAAGAUGACCCAGGGGCAGCUUCAGAAUGAGUUAGAGAAAGGUGAGCGGGACAACGCAGAGCUGCAGGAGUUUGCCAACGCCAUUCUUCAGCAGAUAGCAGACCAUUGCCCCGACAUCCUAGAGCAAGUGGUCAACGCACUGGAAGAGUCCUCCUGACGCUGCUUUGUGCGGAAGCCUGAGGUGGUCGACCCAGGACAAGAAAGGAGAACUACAAGGAACAGGCGCCCGGAACCUUCUUGGCACCAAACACUACAAACUUCAUCCCAUCUUGCUCACUUGAAGAAGUGUGAUUCCAGCACCGUUUCUACAUCUGCCAUCUUACUCUGCCUUUCUGCUUUGGAUGUGGUCUAUACACUAAUCUUCCUGAUGUUCAGGGUGGAUAAAAUGCCGAGUCUCUCUGAAGAAGUGCCACCUGGUCGUCAGCAGUGGAGAACUGUGGGAGCUGGUGGCUCUGCCCUGACAGAGGGCCAUGGAGCAGAGGAGACUCUCACCUCCUGUCCUCUGACAUGAGAACAAACCAGGAAUCUACUUGGAGUUCACUGGGCUGAGAGGAUGCCUCCAACGGACCAGAGAGCUGACUGUCCUAAUGUCACUUUAGGUGCUUUCUCCUAAAAGGGUAAAAAACAAUCUCAAAAAGAAUAUUAGAAAAAGAGAAAGGGGGAGGGAAGAGAAAAUCGACUCUUCUUUUUACAGUGAGAUGCUUUAUACAAGGGAGCUGUGAGCAGGCCUCACGAUGGCUUGGGAGUGCUUGUCCUCCACGGUCUGAGUCUUCACCCAGCCCUGCCGGUCUGUCCCAGCCUUCCUCAUUCUGUUCCGCAGCCAGUUAACAAGAAGAUGGUAUGAACUGUUCUCCACCAGUCUCUCCUGUUUGAGAUUGCUGACUUUAUCAUAGUGAGGUGUUAGAUCAAAUAUCUCUUAUUUGAAAGAGAACCAGCCAGGGCAACAUGGCGAGACCCUGUCUCUACAAAAAACUAAAAAGAGAACAUGCACAGUUGACAUCUGAGGCCCUGUUGUCCCCACCUGCAGCUGUGCCCCAGUAGCAGAUGCCCUGAUCAUCUCCAGGAGGCUGCCUGCCUGCCCCACACCCGUGUCCUGCGGCCCAGUGGCCGCUGAAGUUUUGAUCUGUCACUCACCCUGCUAGCUCUGCCCUUGACUCAUCCUCUCGUAACCUCAGCCUUGUGCAUUGCCUGGAAACUUCUUCUGGCAUAAAUGAAGGUUUCUCGUUCUACACACAUUCCUUCCUUGAUCAUUUCAUUCAGAGAAUAUUUAUGAAAUGCCUACUGUGUCCAAGUCACCCAUCCUUGAAAAGGCCACUUUUCAGUGAGGGAGAGGUGUAGUGGAGUCUGUGAGACACACCUGCCUGAGCCAGAGCGCUAAGUAGCCUACCCUUCCCUCUCCCCAUCUUAAGAAAAGGUAUCUUUUCUAGAAAAGUUCCCUAAUGGAAUUCCUGAGUUUGGGGGCCUCAGUCACCCACUUGCCUGUAGGAUUCCAUUUGAUGAUUCUGGAUUUUUGCUGUUCGUUGUUGCCCUUAGAGGGACUCUGAGUAUCUACUUGUGGGUGGCCAUUUCCUGACACCAGCGUGUACCUCGUGGAACUCAGCCAGCUUCAUGUUGCAAAUCAGAAAGCGGACCCCAAGACUACAAAUCCAAUGGAAGGUAUUGGCGUUGUUAAGGGCAUCUUCCCAAGCAUAGACAGUGACAGUCAUAAGUAAUUAGGCACCAAGAAGUAGCCCACUUAACCCGAAUCUAGCCCUUUGGCCACCUCUACCACCAGAACCCAGCGGCUACUCACAUCUUCUGAUAAGAAUUGCUGGACUCUAAAAUGUUUUUGUUUU